AUAUAUAUAGAGCACCAGUACCUGCUCAGUACACACUCACCCUGGGACAUACAAGGGAACAAGAAACACCUAAGAGAGUUCCUGAAACACACAAACAUGAAGGUCCUUGUAGUUCUUGCCGUUGUUGCUUUUGCUGGUUGCAAUGCCAACGUGCUGAUGUGGCACGACCAGGCCAGGCCCAGUAUGGAGCUGGUGAAGGACGCUUUCUGGGAUUACGUUGCAAAGGCAACUCAAACAACUGAAGACAUCCUGCAGAAGAUCAGAGAGUCUGAGAUGGGACAGGAAGUCAAUGCCAGAAUCUCCGAGAGCGCAGAUGCCAUCAACCAGUAUGCUGUGGUUCUUCGUAGUCAGAUGACUCCUCUGACUCAGGAGAUGCUGACCAGGGCUUUCCAGGAGGCUGAGCAGCUGAAGAUGCGCCUGCAGCAGGACCUGAGCUCUGUGAAGUCCCAGCUGGAGCCCUACGUUCAGGAGCUGAUGACAAAUGUCCAGCAGCAGGUGGAGCAGCUGAAGACAGAAGUGGCCCCCUACGCAGAAAUGGACGCCGAGACUCUGAAAGCCACUCUGCUCCAGAAGAGUGAGGAGCUGAGGGCCAAUCUGGAGAAGAGCAUGAAGGACCUGCAGGCCCAGCUUGGACCCCAGACUGAGGAGCUGAGGCAGAAACUGGAACAGCACCUGCAGGACUUCCAGAAGACCAUGAUCCCAUUGGCUGAAAACCUCCAGGAACAGCUGGCCCAAAAUGCCCAGGAAGUGCAGAAGAAACUGGACCCCUAUGCCCAGGACCUGAAGGCCCAACUGACCGCUCUCUGGGAGUCUUUUGCAAAGAGCAGCCAGUAAUCAGAUGUCUCCUGAUAAACAGAGUCUGACUCUUGCAUCCGAAGGACUCAGCUUGUCAAAUGUUUACAAGGUUCAUUAUGACCACUAAUCACUGUAGCACAAUAUUGUAUUUUAUUGUUCCAUGUAGGUUCUGUAUUAACAAAUAAAUGAGAAGCUGAAAAGAAUAAA